AUGGACGUGAACGAAAUUUUAAGGGAGUGGGAACUAGAACAAUAUAUCGAUAUAUUUGAAGAAAAUGCUAUUGACUUGGAGUCAUUUAAUCUACUUAAUGAACAUUUAAUAAAAGAAAUAAUCCCCAAAAUAGGGCAUAGGUUAAAAUUUUUAAAAAAAUUUGAAGAGUACAAGCAAAACAUUAGAGAAGAAAGUAACAUAACGGAAGAUUUAACAUUCAACAUUAACCAUUCAGCUUCAGAAAUUUUGCUUGAAGUAGUGGAACCAGAAGCUUACACAGAACAUGUUCCUGCUAACACAGUUCCUAACUUUUUGGAACCACCAAACAAAAUACCCAAUAAAGGUUUAUUUUCUCGUGAGGAAUUUGAAAUUUUUUUAAAAAAAAGUUCAGAGUGGGAAGUAAUAAAUAAAGAACAUAUUUUGAAUGAAUAUAGUCGAGGAAAACUAGCAAAAGUAGCGCUUGACUUUUUAAUACUGAAUUAUUCCUCUAAAAAGAUUCCUCAUAGUUCUUUUUUGGAAAUUUCCCAUAUUAUAAAUAAAAUAUUUCCCCAAGAAGCCCCUGAAAUAUAUUUUGUUCCCUAUAAAGGAAAAACAAAAACCAGUCCCAAAAUAUUAGCAUGUGGAAAAUUAUAUUCCAAAUAUUUAAAUUAUAAAAGAAUAACUAAAAAAAAAGAGCCACUUGGUGAAAUAACAAAUGAAAUCGAAAUUGGUGAGUCAGAAAAAGCUGCCAAUAUUUUUUUAAAAAACAAUAUAGGCCCAGAGUGUGACAUUCUGGAAGCUUGGGAAAAAACCGAAAACAUAAGAAAAAACUAUUUAUCGAAAAGCGAUAUAAAUAGUUACUUUGAAAAUUAUCCCGCUUUAAAACAACCUUUUGGGUAUAAUCUAUUGCUUAUAGAUUUUGAAAAAAAAUUCCCUGACCAAUUUAACAAUAUUUAUGGUAAUUGGCCUUCAGUGGCAAAAGCUAUAUUAAAGUUAUGCAAGGAAAAGGGUCUUAUUAAUGAGGAAGAUACUUUAAAUAUAGACACUCUAGCUAUAAAAUAUUUACCUCAGCUUUUUAAAGCUGGUAAUCAUAGAAAAAGUUUUGGUUCCAUUCGUUCCUCAAAAUCGGAGAUUAAGGAUAGUUUUCUUUUGGAAUUAAAUAACUUUGGAGACUUAAAUGAAAAAAUAGAAGAAAGAAGAAGAAGACUAAAUAAGAUUGGUGGAACAAUUCAACCAUUUAUGCUCCUCAUAGAAGAUAUUAAUAAAAAGGUAUCAUCCUAUGUUAUAAUUAACGAUACUAAAUAUUAUAUCGAGUCUUCAGUUAAGGCUUUGGAUGUUUGUUUUAAGUCAUUUUUUUCAUUAGACGCCAAAUAUCCUGUUGAAUCCGAACAGCCGCCAGAAUGCUUAAGAAAAUUUUCAUCUAUAAACUCAUUUCGAAAGCAUGUUCAAAGGGAGCAUAUUUCCAAAAUUCAUUCAAAUGUAAUGAACACUAUUCAACCUGUUGGUAUUGAAAAUAAUUUUAAUUUAAAUGUAGGUACAAAUGACUUAACUAAAAAUUCUAGCCAAAAUAAUUUAACCAGUAAUUCAGAGAAAUUGACCACUGACAAUAUUAAUGUAAUUACAAAUAACUUACCUAAUAGUAUUGCAGAAAAUUUGCUUACUGAUAUUAUUUCAAAUAAUGAUGAAAACACAAUAGCUGAAUUUAAAAAUAAACUAAGACAAAAUAUGUCAUUACUCAUAGGAAAAUUUUACGCAAAAUCAAUUAUCCCUAGAAAUCAAGUUCAACAAAUUAUUCUUGAUUUAAAUGACUUGCUAGUACUUACCCAUUUUAGAAAUAUUACAAGAAAAAGUCUUAAAUAUUGCAAAAUGUAA